AUGACAAGAACACUAGAAGCAAUUUAUCUUAGUAUUGUUAUCCCUUACAUCAAUGACAUUAGAUCUGUAAAAGUAUUUCAAUUAGUUAACAAAAAAUGUUUUGAUUCUAUAGGAAUGAUUCGAAUAAAUCCAUGGUUUACUCCACAAGGAAAUUAUAUUCAAUGGCAUGAUGCUAUCAAAGAAGUUAGUUCAGAUGUAAUGAAAACAAAAGAAUUAGAUCAAGAAAUUCAAUUAUUUAGAAGUAUUCAAACCAUCCAAACAGAUUUAGAUACAAUAAAACAAAGAAAAGAAAUUAUUGAAGCAUAUAAUUGUAUUAGAAUAAAAUAUGGUAUUAUUGAUUCUAAUCAAUUUAUUUUAGAUAGUUUUAAAGAGAAAUUAGUUGAGCUAAGAGUUAUUAUUAAAAAACCUAUAUGUAUUGAUUUUAAAGAAUUCAUACAAUUGAAAAGAAUUAAACUUAUAUCUAUUAAUGUUAAAUUAAACUUAUUUCAAUUCUUCACAAAAAAGAACCAAAAAUUUGAUUGGGUCUAUGUUAAUCUAACUCAGAACAUAGAACUUUUUAUUAAUCAAAUUGAUGACUAUGAAAUAAAAAAAUUUGUAAUUGAAACUAGAAAACUUAAUGGUAUUAAUAUUCUUAAUAAACAAAGAUUAUCUAACAAGGUUAUUGUUUGUUGUAAUGAAUGGAUUGAAAAUAAAGAAGCAAUAGUUAAUUAUCAAGACACCUUCUUAUAUUCUUCAAGAAAGAAAAAUAUGAAUGAAGCAAUGAAACUUUAUUAUCCUUAUAGCAUUGAAUUGUCUUGGCUUUAUAAUGAAAAUGAAAUGGUUGUUGACUUAUCAUCUUUUACUAAUAUUAUACAAAUAAAACAACAAUUUAAACCAAAACAAGAAUAUUAUUAUCCAUCUUCACUAAAAAUGUAUGACGGUUGUUCUCUAAAAAAUAUUCCUAACUCUUUAAUUUAUUUAUAUUUAUCUGAUGUAGUAGAGUCUAUCACAAUUCCAUCAUAUAUCAUAAGUCUCAAACUUGAAAAUAUUCCUCAUUGGACUAUUGCUGAUAAGAAUUGUAUUAAUAGUUUAAAACUUAUUACUGAUAUCAAUGAUAAACUCCCUUAUGAAGUAACUAAAUUGAAAAAUAUGAAAGUAAUGCACCUUACAAAUUGCAUUAUUACAAAUACUUUAACAGUAUUAACAAGACUAAAUAAAUUAAGACUGUCUCAAUGUAAAAUUAGUUUAAACUCAAAUGAACUUCCAUCUUCUUUGUCAUCCAUUAUUUGUAGAAAUUGUAAAACUAAAUAUUGUUUUCUCCCAAGUUCACUUGUCUCAUUACAAAUACUUGGAAUGAAGAGUAUGGAAGAAACUCCUUUCUAUGGAUUUAUUUUUCAUAGUCAAAUGAAAUUACAACAAUUAUCAAAUGACACUGGUAUUAAUAUAACAAAUACCCCAACUACAAUAACAUAUCUCUCUAUCAAGAAUUAUUCAAACAACGAACUUCUUAACUUAAAAAAUCUUUCUCUUCUCAAUGUCUUAGGGAUAUCAAAUUCGUCAAGUGUCACAAUAAUAAUUCCAUCUAAGUUAAAAGAGUUAUAUUGUUUUUCUUCCAUUGUAACUAUUCAAAACCCAAAUGAAAGUCUUCUCGAAGGGAUGUAUUUCAAGUCUUGUAAAAUGAUCAAUUGGAGUUCUGUGCCUAAACUCAUCAAGCACCUCCUAUUUGUACCUACUAUUUCUUUGCCAUUGAACCAAAAAGAUUAUCCUAAUUUAAAGUUUCAUAAAAGCAUUAUCCCAAACUCACAAUCUGAUUUGUUUAUUUCUCAAGGAUUACCAAAUACAAUAAAUGAAAGAAGACCUUUAAUAAGUAAAAUGGAUAUAAAAAUUAUUGAUAAUUGA